AUGAAGGUGCGAAAAGGCUGUUGGACGUGUGCAGUGGUUUCUAAUCAUGCUUUCUCAGCUCGUAAGGUUCAGUGCGACGGGGACCGACCAGCCUGUAAGAAGUGUGUUCGAUCACGGCGAGAAUGCCAGGGUUACGAAUUGCGUCUAUCAUGGCCUAGAGCCGGUGAUAAAAAACGUGCACUGACGGGGACUAACACACCGCCGGCGAUAUCGCUUCCACAUCGAUCAAUUGAGGUUCCCAGCGGCCUUUUCUUUGUCAAUACAAGUUUCAAGGAUCUGGAAUUGUAUGGCUAUCUUACAGGGCAGACAACAUUGUAUCAGCCGCUUGGAUAUUCUCCAAACCUGUCGAGGCAGCAUCAACAAUAUACAGAUCACAUGGAUCUUAUUCACUACUUGUUUACAAAUAAUCCAGUUUACCAUACCGCCUACCUCUCUUUGGUCACGUUUGGUCAAGAACCUUCCCAUAUUCGAGGCGUACUCUUGAGCAUGGCCUUGUCACAUGAUGCUGUUUCCGGGGUCGCUCUUUUCUACGCGUUACUUGCCUUCUCCUCGCUCCACCGCCAUGGACUUGAUAAGCAGGGACUGAAUCUAAAAAUACAAGCAAUCCAGUUUCUAUCUGCCGCGGUAAAAAGUAAGCCCCUGACAGCAGCGACAGCUGCCCAGCAUGUUGCUGCCUCCAUGCUUCUGGGGUCAUUUGAGAUCAUGCAACCAUUGGAAGGUUCGGGAGAGUGGUUGUGGCACACUUGGGGAGCAAUGGACAUGAUUCGGGCCACUCAGCUCAACGACCAACCGCACGGAAGUGAUACUGGCCACCUUCUUAAUUGGGUCCAGUAUCACGAAGUGAUAUCUCGCUUUACUAUGCAUCAUUGGCGCCACAAGUCUUUGGUCCCAAUGAAAACGAGAAAAGCCUCUACGAUCCAAAACCUUCAGUAUCUGCCUUUAGCAAGACAUAGACCUAACCUGCCUUCUGCAAAUCCUACGUAUGCAAUAUUGAACCUGCUCUCCGAGGUUUGCGACACCCUAAUUGAUCCGAGGGACCCCAGGAGCCAAGAUGAGGAAUACCGACUUCGGCUGAAGGAUAUCGAGAGAAGAAUAGAAAGCCUUUCCAUCCAGUCAGAUACGACUGAAUCAACCCCUGACGCCAUUUUCGCUGUGGGACUCUACCAAAUGGCAACGCGAGUGUAUCUCGUGCGGGCCUCGCAGAGCCCAUGGGAGGCGACAGCAAACCUUGAUUCCUUGAUAGAUGCGGCGUUCUCUGGGCCUGCUCGAUCAUGCACCUGUGAGCACUUUUUCCCUUUGCUGAUUCUCGCUUGUGAAGCACAAAAGGAUGAGCAAAGGGUAACUAUCAUCAACUUAAUCGAAAGAACAGCGAGGGAUGAACGUAUAAGAAGUAUCCAAGCGGUGAAGACCACAAUACAGUCUAUUUGGGUGCAGCAAGAUCUGCACAAGGACAACGACGUGUUGAUUGAUUACCUUGAUAUCAUGAGCGCUGUCAUCAGCUCGAAUAACUCAGUACCAUCUUUUGCAUAG